CGUAACCGCCACAAAUGUCUCGAGCGGAGGUGCUGCCGUCCUUUCCGUACUAAAGGGGAGAACAGUGAGAAGUUCUAUCCUUGCCGUUGGGCGGGAAACAUUUCACGGAGGCAAACUGCGUGGCGGAGACGGAAGCUUUCCAUAUCUCUCUGCCUCCUUUUCCCCAGAGGACAACGCUUCACAAUGGUCCGGAGUGGCAAAAAUGGUGGGCUCCAUCUGAAACAGAUCUCAUAUUACAAACAAACAGGUCAAUAUCACCCCACAACAUUAGCAAGAGAAAGAAGUGGAAUAAGAAGAGCAGCAAAAAAGUUUGUUUUCAAAGGUAAUAAGCUCUACUAUGUGGGAAAAGACAAGAAUCAAAUGCGCCUGGUAAUUCUUUCAGAUGAAGAGAAGAAUAAAGUGUUAGAAAAGUGUCAUGAAAAUCAUGCAGGUCCACAUCAUGGCAUAUCAAGGACACUAACUCUGGUGGAAUCUCGAUAUUACUGGACAUCAGUAACCAGUGAUGUCAAACAGUGGGUGUAUGCUUGCCAGCAUUGCCAGGUGACAAAGAAUACUGCUAUUGUAGAGUCCAAUUUUGACGCUAUUAAGGCAGAGGACCCAUGGACUGUAGUUACUGUAGACCUAUUGGGACCUUUCAAUGCCACCAGGACAAACCAUGUGUAUGCCAUCCUCCUGACAGAUGUCCUUACUAAGUGGGCUGUGGUUUUGCCACUGCGUGACCUCUCAGCAUCUGAAGUAGCUAAAGCAAUUGUCAAUGCAUUAUUUUGUUAUGGACCACCUCAAAAAAUAGUUAUAAAUCAGGGAGAAGAGUUUGUUCAUCAGGUCAACCAUGAGCUAUUUGAAUUCUUUGGGACAAAGGAAUUAAUAUUGCCAUAUCCUCAACUUGAUCAUGAGAAUGAAAUUGGCAAGACCAUCAGAUCUUUCCUUCUUAAAUACUGUACAGAGCAUGCCAAAGACUGGGAUGAGCAUUUACAAGUGAUUGCAUAUGCAUUCAAUUUGAUUCAUUCAGAAACUAAUCAGAACACACCAUAUUUCCAAAUGUUUAAGCGAAAUCCUUAUAUGCCUUCAACUUUAAGUAUGGUUCAAGAAGGAGAGAGUGACUGUGUAUUCGCCAGAAUCGUAAGUGCAGUUAAACAAGCUGACAGAGCAGUGCAGGAAAAGACAAUUUCAAGCUGCCAGGAUUUAAAGAAAAUGUCUGUGGAACAGCAGAGUAGGAACAAGGGCCAUAUUAGGAAGAAGCCAAAGCAACUAGAUUCUUUUCUCAAAGUUGGACAUGAAGUUCUUAGACAAAGGAGUAACUUGUGGAAAGACGGCCGUUUCAAGUCUGAAUGGGUUGGUCCCUGUAUUAUAGACUCCAUCACUGAUAAUGGCUGUGCCAUAUUAAGAGAUGCUGCAGGCUCAAGAUUGAAGAGGCCCAUCAAAAUAUCUCAUCUUAAACCAUAUAUAAGAGGUUCAUAUAAACAAGAUAGCAGCUACGUUUGGAAAAAUGCCAUCAUGGUUGACCAUGACUAUGUUGGUUCAUUUGAAAUGUCCACAGAGCAGAGCUCAGAGGAAACAUGUUCUGCAAAAGGACCUCCUACCCCUGUACCUGAUGACACCCUGCUGGGAAAGGACCUUGAAUUCUCAGAAUGUAAAAGUAUUGCAUAGCCAAAAUUUUCAAACCCAGACUCCACUGAGUCAAGUUACUACAAACACAAAGCAGUGCUUUGCAGCUUACUACACUCUCCAAAAUAAGACUGAGGCUACUUGACUCUUGAAUAGUAAAGCAUCAUUGGAAUAAAUGGUACUGAGCUUGUCUACGUUGUGUAAAGAUCUCUACUAUUCUUUGUUUCCUUCGUCAAGAAUUAAUCACUGGGCUGUUUUAGGCUUAGCUAGUUGGUUUCUUACAAAGGUUGUGUUUGCACAUCCAUGAGCAGUAGUAAGUCUCAGGCUUGUGCAUUCCUUCCUCUCAUCUCUUCCAUUGGUGCAGCCACAAGGGGCAGGGGGAGCCAUCAGCUUUCAGUAUACAGACUUGGACAAGUUGUAAUUUUAAUGUUAAUGAUUGUUUAGCCAACUUCCAACAGUGGACAAUGAUCCUGAUUUAUACCAGUAAACCAGUGGUGGGGAACAAUUUUUGUUGAGAGCUGCAUUCCCUCAGAUGUCAUCUGCUGCAGACUGCGUGCAGGGCCACUCCAUUUCUUCCUCCCUGCCCAGUGGGUACAUUCCUGCAAGAGGUCUGAAUUAAUUCUUUGGACCACAGAUUGACCAUCCUUGCCCUAACCAUAGUUCUUGGGUCGGACAUAAAGAGUAACUGCAGUUAUCUGAAAGUGAAAGCUUUCAGUCUCCUCCUCGUGGCUGGAGGAGAAAAGAGGGAGGGAAGCGCUGUUCCACAUCUUGCUAAGCUAUGAUUUAGCAUUGUGUGCAAACCAGGCCACUAUGAUGGGCUAACAAAUGAACAGAAUUUUACAUUUGUACAUGCAUGUAGUUGUCUUUUUGUCACACUUAUAAAGACUAUUGUGAAAUAAAAUGGUUA